UUAGUUCUGCAAUAUAUCGAUGAAUCGUAGGGAGUACAACAUUUUCGUCUGACAAUCGCAGCUUCCUCUUCUCGCAGUCGUUUUUGUUUUUCACAAUUGUUGAGAUAAAGUCACAAGCGGAACGCCCGAAUAGUAGUGCAGACGCACAAGUGCUCUUCCCAUAGACGAUAAAGACAAUCUUGCAGUGAUCCAACAUGGUUGACCUCACCGACGCCGGCUCGCCGUUCCAGCAAUCCAUUCCCGACUUCGCCUUCUACGUGCCGGCAGUUGUUGUUUUUACCCUGGCAGACGCGAACCGCUAAAGGCGAGAGCCCACAGAACACAGCCCGUAAAUUAGAGCCGCACACAGAGAUUAGAUCAUGGCUGAGGAUCCGGUGAACCAGCAGGCCUUUGCUGAGGACGUGGCAGCUGCGGCUGCGGCUGGAGGAGCCGAUGGUUUUGCCGGUCCCGAGCCCGGGCACCCCGACUUUAAGAUGCCCAGUGCCGACGAGAUCUGGAAGCUGGUCGAAGGCAUGGAGGGAAUUUCGGAUGACGAGCGAGCCGAGCUCCGCGAGAGCAUCUUUAACCCGAAGCCGCCGUCGCCGGAUGACUUCAUGCGCCAGUACGGACAUCCGGGCCACAGUUCCCGCGAGUACCUGGUGUUCUUCGUGAUGCUGGCCCUCAUACUCAUUGUCUUUGCCCUCUUUGGCUACAAGUUGUACAAAUCGCUGACGGAGAAGGAGCUCAAGAAGCAGGAGAAACUCAAGAGCAGGCAACAGAAGAAGGCCAAGAAGUCCAACUGAUGGAGAUGGAGGCGAGGAUAUCAUUGACGUAGUACUUUCCGGCCCCGAGACCUUCCAUCUUGUUAAUCAAUACAAUCGCCCUGUAAAUGACUAAAUCGUAAACCAGUAAACGUAAUAAAAUAAACAGUACCCCAUAA